UAAAAAAAAGGAGAAAGGAAGGGCGGCGUUUGUAAGUCACAAGGCGCGUUGGAGUUUUGUAUGCCUCCCACCCCAACCAAAAAGGGAAAAGAAAAACCUACACCCUUCCCAUCUCUCUCACCCAAAAACUUGCAACAAAAGCUCUAUACCCAUUUUCUCUCACACCCGAAAGCCCUAGAUGCAACAAUGGCAUUAAGCUACUCCCUCUCACACCGAAAAACCCUAGAUGCAACAAUGGCAUUAAGCUACUCCCUCUCACACCGAAAAACCCUAGAUGCAACAAUGGCAUUAAGAGCUCUCAACACAAUCUACUCGAAGCUCCUCUCUCGAAUGGCUGUUUGUUCCCUCCGCACAUUCGCUCCCAUCAACUCCAAUUCCGAAUCAGAUAAUCCAACUAAUAAUUCGGAUUCGGACUUACGUUCAAAACAACUUCCUCAUGCCGAAGGUAAGAAAAACAGAGCAUUCAAUCGAUUUAUGAAAGACGGGUCAACGUUCCCCCGCAAGGUGUUGAACGACGACGAGAAAUAUGCGAGGAUGGACAUGCCGGUGACCCGGAAGCAAGGGCUGAAACUGCUGGUUGCAGACAACUCUCUGAAUGCCGUGGAAGAGGUGGAUGAUGAUCCUCUGUCCGUGGAGGAGUACCGAAUGAGUUACUUCGGCAACAUCGAUCUUCCUCAGAGCCUCUACAAGAUGGGAAAUAUCGUAACGGAGCUCAAGGACAUUGCGUUUAGCUUGAAAGAAUCCUUCAUCGAAUGGUGCGUGCCAUUUACAUCAAGGAAGGAAAUUUUCCAAACAUUGACAAUUUUAUUGCAAGUUCUGUAUCUUUUAUCAACGAAGGAAAUUUUAAAAGCAUCCACAAUUGCAUCCCCAAUUUAGUCGUUUUUUGUGGACCCCAACAACUUUUUUUCGAACAGAAGCACAACAUUAUAUUAGAAAAUUAUGGGUUGUUCAAAAAGGGCAACACUGAUUGGCAUGUGGCUGGGGUUUCCAAGACCAGAUAUAUCUCGAUAAAUGACUUCAUGUGGUUGGUACUCUGGAUUCCUAAAAAGUACAAAAAAAGGAUUUAUAAUUACCUGUUUAAGCAGCAAAUUUAUGUUUUGGAGAGUUCUCCAAUGACACUAUUAAAAUACUCAGUACUCUGUUCUUGGAGAGCACCAUUCGAUGGACAGUACAAGUUAAAUGUUUCUGUGUUUUUUAAGAAAAAUCUUGGUGGGACCAAGGAAGCUUGUUGUGGAGAAGUAUUAAGAGAUUGUAGGGGAAGGAUUUUGGAAAUUUUCUAUAAGCCAUUUCCUGAUGCAACAUCUAGAGAUGAAGUAUUGUUACUUGGAGUGCUUCAUGGGAUAGAUGAAAUUCUUAAAAGGAGAUUGGAAGCAAAGGAUAUAUUAUUGGAGAUUAACCAUAAAAAAAUUGUCAAGGUGCUAAAUCGUGAGAACGAUAUACCAAUUGAAUGUCUUGGACUUUAUCACAAAAUUUUUGGUUCGUUAGAAUUUGAUAAAUAUGAAAUAUCAUUUCAAUAUUCUCAGGGAAACACGGUAGCUAAUAGAGUUGCGUAUAUAGCUUCGCAUCUGACCGUGGGAGAGAGUUUUCCCAUAGGCGAUAGAGGUUUUGAAACAGAAGUCAGGCAUGAUCGAUUGAAUAUUCCACGAUAUGAGAUCAUCCCGAAAGAAUCGUCUGAUGAGGAAUUUGAAGUCUGGUUUUAGGGGCACCAUGGUAUUUGCUGUCAGUGGACUGGUAUGUAUCGUGCUGGAAAUCAUAUUGCAAAAAAGAUUUUAGCCCUACAAAAUGCCUUCUUAAUUAUUUGGAAAACUGGAAUGUGACGCUCUUGACCAUGACGAGGAUUGCAAGAAUUGGGCCAAUAGUACAAACGUUUUUAAGAGUUGGAUCCUGACAAUCAUGAUCACUUUCAAGUAUGUAAUAUUUUAAAAAUGCAGUGACAAAAAGUGGUCUCCUCAAAGUUUCUUGAAAAGUCGGCUGGGUUUCCAAAACUUUAGGAAUGUUUUCUCCAAUUUUUAUUACUGGUAUCCACAAACAACGAGGUUGUCUUUAUUUCAUUAUUAGCAAUUAGCAUCAGUUCUGUAUCCAUUUUGAAAGUAAUAAUUCUCGUUCCAUAAAACUUAAAUGUGGAACGUCCCAAUGUAAAUUUAUCAUAUUAGGUGCAUCCAGCAUGAAUAAUCGGCUAAUUAUUUGUUUGUAUCUUAUCAUCAUCGAAUGAAAUGAUUAUAUAUGUUUGGAUGUC